AUGCAACAGAGUAAUGGUGGUGCACAAUUCAGCUCAUCUGAGUUGAAAGAUUUGUUCCGUCUCGAUGAAGAGCGCGCCUGUCAAACGCACGAAUUGAUAGGCUGUCAGUGCGGUGGCAGGGGUGUUGUCGAAUCUUCUGCUCCUGUUUCUGGUACCGCAACGCCAGCAGAUGAUUCUGAUGGGGACUUGUCGGAUCCUCCGUCCGGGGACGAGUGGGAUUCUGACGGAUCCUCGCUCAGCCCUUUGAGAUUGAGACCCGCUUCUGGGGUUGAUAUGGAAAAGCAGGAACGAGAGAUUCGCGAUGGUACCUUCCGUGCUAAGCUAGAGAAGAAGAAGGGCAAUGGCAAGGCUGGCAAGUCCAAGGACCAGAAGGAUAAGAUGCAUCAGACUCUUGCUCGAUACGCGCAUAUCGAUCCCACCCUCUUGGACCCUGAUGCCGAGGACGAGGAGCUUGAGGCUUCUAUCGAUGAUGAUGUACUUGUCUCUAUGCUUAAGGAUGAGUGCAACUUGAUCGGGUAUGUCUUCAAGCAGACGAAUGGAGCAGAGAUGGGGGCUUAG